UGCCUAACAACGUAACAGGUGCUUGAGGAGGCGGAGUCUGACACGUCAAUGUAAACAUUCGAAGCCCAUGCCUUCCUGGAGGAGCCUGUUUGGCAUGGGCGUGGUUCCGACCAUAGGUGACAGCCUACUAUCCCCGCCUUCAUUUGGGGCGGUAACCUCUCAGAAGGAAGAUGGUGGGUUUGUGAGCUCGGCGGUUGGUCUCCUCUGUGCCGUGCAGUCGGUGUCUAUACAUCCGGGUCCCUUACACGUCGCUUUUCCCCACAUCGUUGGGUGUGUGCCAGGUAGAGCCGUGCGAGUGAAAGCUCCUUCUCCUAUCCCGCCGGUGCCUUGCCGUGUCCCCGCUCAUGUCGGAUAAUCAGAGCUGGAAUUCCUCGGGCUCAGAGGAAGACCUGGAGACUGAGUCCGGGCCGCCGGUUGAGAGGUGCGGUGUCCUGUCUAAGUGGACCAACUAUAUUCAUGGCUGGCAGGAUCGAUGGGUAGUCUUGAAAAACAACACAUUAAGCUACUACAAAUCAGAGGAUGAGACAGAAUAUGGCUGCAGGGGAUCCAUUUGCCUUAGCAAAGCUGUUAUCACGCCUCAUGAAUUUGAUGAGUGCCGUUUCGAUAUCAGUGUUAAUGACAGUGUGUGGUAUCUCCGUGCUCAAGACCCAGAUCAUCGGCAAAGAUGGAUAGAUUCAAUUGAACAACACAAGUCUGAAUCUGGCUAUGGAUCAGAAUCCAGUUUACGGCGGCAUGGCUCAAUGGUGUCCCUCGUGUCUGGGGCAAGUGGUUACUCUGCCACAUCCACGUCAUCAUUUAAGAAAGGACACAGCCUGCGGGAGAAACUGGCGGAAAUGGAGACUUUCCGAGACAUCCUAUGCAGACAGGUUGACACGCUGCAGAAAUAUUUUGAUGCGUGUGCAGAUGCAGUUUCCAAAGAUGAGCUUGAAAGGGAUAAAGUUGAAGACGAUGAAGAUGAUUUUCUUCAUAGCCAUCCCAAUGGAGAUUACAUUCAUAGCAGUAUUGGGAGUAAAGAUAAAUUAUUCCAGCACGUGUCUCCAAAGGGCAUUAAUGGCAUUGACUUUAAAGGAGAAGCCAUCACAUUUAAAGCUACCACUGCAGGAAUAUUGGCUACUUUGUCGCACUGCAUUGAUCUCAUGGUGAAGCGGGAGGACAGCUGGCAGAAACGGCUUGAUAAGGAAAUCGAGAAGAGGAGGCGAGUAGAGGAAGCCUAUAAGAAUGCAAUGACUGAACUCAAAAAGAAAUCUCAUUUUGGUGGACCAGAUUAUGAGGAAGGCCCCAACAGCCUGAUAAAUGAAGAAGAAUUCUUUGAUGCGGUUGAAGCUGCUCUGGACAGACAAGAUAAAAUUGAGCAGUCUCAGAGUGAAAAGGGCAGAUCACACUGGCCAUCUUCUCUUCCUUCAACUGAAGCAUACACAACUGCCGGCAGUCACAGAUUUGUUCAAGCUGUCGAAGAAAUGGUACAGAACCACAUGACUUAUUCUCUGCAAGAUGUCGGAGGGGAUGCCAACUGGCAGCUGGUUGUUGAAGAGGGGGAAAUGAAGGUCUAUAGGAGAGAAGUGGAAGAGAAUGGAAUUGUCCUAGAUCCCCUGAAAGCUACACAUUCUGUGAAAGGGGUGACCGGCCACGAGGUCUGCCAGCACUUCUGGAAUGUAGAUGUGCGCAAUGACUGGGAAACGACCAUUGAAAAUUUCCAUGUUGUUGAAAAGUUAUCACCAAAUGCAAUCAUCGUAUACCAAACGCACAAGAGAGUUUGGCCUGCUUCCCAGCGUGAUGUGUUGUAUUUAUCUGCUAUUCGGAUGGUACCAGCUGCCAGCGAGAAUGAAAUGGACACUUGGAUUGUCUGCAACUUCUCAGUUGACCAUGACAACGCUCCCCUAAACCGAUGUGUUCGUGCCAAAAUCAAUAUUGCGAUGAUCUGUCAGACUCUGGUUAGCCCACCGGAAGGAAAUAAAGAAAUCAGCAGAGAUAAUAUUCAGUGCAAAAUAACAUAUGUUGCUAAUGUCAAUCCAGGAGGAUGGGCUCCUGCCUCUGUACUUCGGGCAGUAGCAAAACGGGAGUAUCCUAAAUUUCUGAAACGCUUUACAUCAUAUGUGCAAGAGAAAACCGCUGGCAAGUCUAUUCUUUUCUAGCUGCUGCCUGUGAAAUGAAGGCGGUAUGAACAUUCCACACUGGAUGGGAGCGUAUCAGAUAACAUGGAAUCUACAGCCUUUACCAACUUCCUACAGUUAAAGCCCUUCCAUUUUAGUAGGAGUUUCAGUACCCUCUGCUGCUCUGACGUUUAGUUUCAUCAUUGGAGGGUGGAGACUUACAAAGGAGUGAACAUCAAACACUAGAUAGGGGGUUUUGUUUUUUAUUUUUUAACCCCUUGUCACCGAAUAUGUAUGUAGUUCUAACGUAAUGUACGGCUACAAGUACCGCUCUGUGUCCUUUAUACCCCCCCUGCUUGCUUGCUUUUAUGGCUCAUGGGAGAACAAGUCUCACAAAUACAAAUGGGUUGAGGCUUUAACAUUGUUUUCUUUUGUAAGUGAAACCUGUUCAUGUACAGGCCAAUAAUAAAAAUGACUAAUAAAGCCAUAAUAUUUUUAGUUUUGUGCAUAUAAAGAGCAGGACCCCCCAAGCGCACACUAUGCUCUUUCUGCACAAAACUCGUCAGCCAUUUCAUUAAAAAACAAAGGUAACUGUUUAGCAGAAAGUUCCUUGUUUAUCUUUCUGUAAAAAAACAGAAAAGAAAUGUUUUUAGCUGGCUUCUUGCUAGUUCUUUCCGUGGUUCUGUAAGACUUCUCAUUAAUAUCUGAGGGCUGUUAUAAUCUUUGGCUAUGCCUUUCCUGGUGUCUCUCCUAUGAAGACGUGACGUCUGACGGAGGAAAUAAAAAAAAAAAAAAACUAAGAAAGCUUUAUUUUUUCCAGAAAUCUAUAUAUUUCUAUUGUAUUUUUAGUUGUGUUAAUAAAGUGGAGAAAAAUUGUGUUCUUUGACACGAUCCAGAGAUUCCAAGAUUGGUUCUUGAGGAGAUGGCAAUUUACUUUGGUUGGACUAGUGUGUCUUUGGGUUCGGAGGUUCAAAAUUGACAAGGCCCAAGGCUUCAUCCAUUGGUGUGAGGAACAUGAAUCUGUCCCAUAAAGCUGGAGUGGGUUAUAGAAAUGUAGUUUGGGAUGUGAGUAUUUAGUGAAUAUAAAGACUGCAUACCCUCAAUGAGGAAUAGGCAACCUUCUGCUCUGCAGACUUUGUACAAGAUGUUGCCUGCUCCCACACUAGAAUACUUAAUAUAUGGUUGCUUGGGGGUGUUUUGUUUUUGCUUUAUAAGGCUAUGAGUGGGUUAUGGUUUGUACUGGAUAAGGAAGUGUCCUGUUCUGUAGCUCAAUGUAUCCCAAGGGAAUUGCUGCAGAGCUUCCCACCAAGGUAGCUUUCUCUUGGAAGCCUUUUAGUCCAGGGUGUGUUUAUCAUGGCUCCCAAAUCACAUGGUCACCAUAUAAUCAUGGUGCAGCCUUGCCUUUAGUAUGACAUUCCUAGUACGGAGCCAGUGCUCACCUCUGGAUUUUACGCCAAUUGUUUUUGCAAAUGCCAUGUUAUUAUACAGUAGGAAAUUUGGCCCAAACAAAUACUGAGCAGAUUUACUGUUAAAUAUUUAUAAUUGUGUCACAUCCAUAACAAUAAAAAAAAGUCUAUAUUUGUUUUAGUAGAAGUCGCCGUCCACAUUCAAAUAAAAUACAUCCAUGUCUUGUACAUCCAAUAUUAAAGAUUUACAAAUAUAUAUAUAUAUAUAUCAAAUUGUAGUAUACCAAAUGGAUAUGUUAUAAAAAGCUAUAUUGAAACACAGAUGUAUAUAAUCAGAAUUUUGUGUACAAAUGUCCCAACAUUUUUGGAAGAUGAAACGACUACCUACCUACGGAUCUGUUGCCUUGGGCUUUGUUUGCGCAUUGGCUUGUACAAAGGGCCAGACGAUGAUUCUCAUUGAAAUAUCCAUUUCUUGUCGUCGAGCGGAAUACUCAACAAUGCACUUUUUUUUUUUUUUUUUUUUAAUUUGUCUUGCCAUUAAAUAAGCUCUGUCAUUGGUCGUUAGCUGUAGUGCCUCAGUGGUAACGAGCAUCUAAGUAGACACAGAAAGCAAUCACUACAUCAGAAGCGUUUUAGAAAAAUGAGUUUAUUUUAAUAUUUAAUACAAAAGGUUUCAGGGUUUUUUUUUGUUUUUUUUUAAUUCGUUCUCCUAAAAUAUAUUAAAAAACCACUAAAAAUUAAAAUAAAAAAAAAAAGAUCCACAGAGGUUGAAUGUUGGCCGUUUGAUUACUUUUGUAAACACGUUAAGAACCUUUUCUUGGCUCUUGCUUCCAAAGAAGCCGGUGACUUUUAUCCAACGUUGCUCUCCUGCCCGGCGCUGAGAAGGCUACACGAAAAGCUUUAUUUUGCAAAGGUCUAUGGAACGUUUACAAACAAGAGAAAAACUGUAAAUCUUAAUAUCAUUAGUUGCAUUUGCACUAAAUGUGAUGUACUUUUGUUAUUCUGUAAAUAAAAUGUAUUACACUAAGGAA